AUGGACCUCAAUCGUAUACAUUCUGUGAGACUGAAUGAUGGACAUUUCAUGCCAGUCCUUGGAUUUGGUGCUUAUGCUCCUAAAGAAAUUCCUAAGAGCAAGGCUGGGGAGGCUACCAAAGUGGCUAUUGAUGUAGGUUUCCAUCACUUCGAUGCAGCUUACUUAUAUCAAAAUGAGGAGGAGGUUGGAAAAGCCAUUCAAAAGAAGAUUUCUGAUGGUACUGUGAAGAGAGAAGACAUAUUCUACACCACCAAGCUUUGGAAUAGUUUCCAUCUACCAGAAUUGGUCAAACCAGCCCUGGAAAGAUCACUGAAGAAACUUCAAAUGGAUUAUGUAGAUCUCUUCAUUAUUCAUAUGCCAGUCUCUAUGAAGCCUGGGGAGGUUCUACCAAAGGAUGCCAAUGGGAAAAUUAUUUUAGAUACAGUGGACAUCCGUGACACAUGGGAAGCUUUAGAGAAGUGUAAAGAUGCGGGUUUGACCAAGACCACUGGAGUAUCCAAUUUUAAUCACAAACAGCUGGAUGUGAUCUUGAACAAGCCAUGGCUCAAAUACAAGCCUAUUUGCAACCAGGUGGAAUGUCAUCCUUACCUAAACCAGAGCAAACUGUUGGAGUUCUGCAAGUCCAAGGACAUUGUCCUAGUUGCCUACAGUGCUCUGGCAUCCCACAGAGACUCGAUAUGGAUAAACAAGGAUAUUCUAUAUGUCUUGGAGGAGCCAAUCCUGAAAGACAUUGCCAAAAAACACAAUCGAACCCCAGGCCAGGUUGCCUUGUGCUACCAGCUUCAGCGGGGUGUGGUGGUCCUGGCCAAGAGUUUCAAUGAGAAGAGGAUUAAAGAAAACUUCCAGGUUUUUGACUUUCAGUUGACCCCAGAAGACAUGAAAGCAAUUGAUAGCCUCAACAGAAAUUUUCAAUAUGCUACAUUAGAAUUUGCUGUUGAUCAUCCUUACUAUCCAUAUUCCGAAGAAUAUUGACCGCAAACUAUCAACCACUAUUGACCAUGGUUUCUACCAGAAUUUCCUGCUUUUGGUGGGUGAAGAGAGGUGUUCUGUAUUGCAUGAAGAUCAUUAGAAAGCAGCAUGUGUGUUGUCAGGAUGCUUAACUUUCCUUCCUUUUAUUUGAUGAAAUAAUAAAGACUUCAAAACAAAGAUGUUUGUUUCUCCUGAUAAGUAAAAUAAUAAAUACUAAUUGUGGAAAAUUAGAAAA